UGACUGUAAACGCAUCUGCAAAGUUUUAAAAAUCAAAGCGCACGACAAACAAACUUGUUGACUCCCAAAAGAAGGAACCGAUUCUGAUCAGCUGAAACGAGUCGGCAGUAAUUCCAGAUUUACUUCCUGUAGGCCUACUUCAUUUGGUAACAAAAGUCCCGCCUCUGGUCUUCAUUAGCUGCUCGCUGACAGCUGUAGACCAAUUACAACAGACUGGGACAUCUGACCAAUCAGAGCAGGGUACGAUCUCUGAAAGGGGGAGUUUAGAAUAAAUCCUUUAGAACGGAUCAUUGAACAAGUCGUUUUUGACACGGGGGCGGGGGAGGUAAUGCUGCAAUUUAAAUUAUGAGCACAUUAAAGUGUUUUUUUUUUUUGGACCCUGGAUGCAUGUAAAUCUAUUGUAUGAGACCUUUAAAACAAAAUUAAACACGUUUCAAAACCAUAAUAGGUGCACUUUAAAGAUUCUUUAAAAAUGAACAACACAUCACUAAAUGACAGGUGUAUAUUAAUGCUCUCUUUGUAACAUGUUGUCGUUUCUAUAGUGUCAGCUCAAUGCAUGGCAGAUGCUUCACAUAAACAGAUUUUAAAAUGUGUAAAAGUGUUGAUAUGAUGACAUUUUCUGUAAGGAGAUGUUUAUUUAACAUUUGUGUAAGGAGUCUCCAGUGCCAGCAUUUUCUAACAGUCCGAAGUUGUAACUUUAUGUUUCCGACAUCUUCAGGACAGAGAGGUUUAAGCUUUGUGGUUUCUCUGUAAGAUGAUAGGCUGCGUGUAUGUUUUUUUGUGUCUUUUAGACUGACAAAAUGAGAGUCUGGUGAGAGAACGACUGUUUAUAGCUUCCAUAACGGAACAGGAAGUAACUUGUUUGGACAUCACGUUCCACAAUAUUAAGUGUAACUACAAACGGUUAAAAGUAGCCUACAAAUCUCUGGCAAAUUGUUGUGAUUAUAAGAAGAAGAAAAAAAUUGGGUUGUGCUGUUCUAGAAACUUCGGGGUGUUCGUGUUAACUCGGCUCUAUCGUGCCACUCCACUGUGUGAUUGUUUUAGUAGAACAGCAGGAAAUUGUAUAAAACCUUUGGGAACAGUACUGUAGUGCAGUUUAGGUGUCCGGAGAAAUUGCCGGAAUAAAAAUCCCGGGUCCUUCAGGCAGACCGUUUAGCGCUGGAGCCGAGAGCUGUCACUUUGUUACGGACUUCAUUCAUUGUUCCUGGUUUCUCCUGAAGCGGAUUUCGUUAUCUUUUCCCAUCAUGUUCGAGGAGGCGAGCGAGGUGUUUGAUAACAUGCUGAAAUCGUCCUUUCCGUUGACGAUUAUCGUGUUUUUGCCUGCAGUGUUGAUCCUGGUGUCUCCGCUCCCAGCUGAAGCGGCGCAUGAAUUCACAGUGUACCGCAUGCAGCAGUAUGACCUACAGGGACAGAACUACGGAUCGAGGAAUGCAAUUUUGAAUACUGAAGCCCGUACGGUGGAGGCGGAGGUGCUAAGCCGUCGCUGCGUGAUGAUGCGACUGGCCGAUUUCUCCUACGAGAAAUACCAGAAGGCUCUCCGGCAGUCUGCGGGGGCCGUCGUCAUCAUCAUCCCCAAGAACAUGUCCACAAUGCCCCAGGACAUUGUGCAACAGUUCAUGGAGUUGGAGCCGGAGCUGAUGGCCACAGAGACCAUCGUUCCUGUGUACUUUGCUGUUGAGGAUGAUGAGCUGCUGUCUAUUUACACCCAGACGCAGGUCUCCUCUGCCUCACAGGGCUCCUCCUCCGCAGCUGAAGUGCUUCUGCACUCUGCCACUGCAAACGGAUUCCAGAUGGUGACGAGUGGAGCUCAGAGUAAAGCUGUGAGCGAUUGGGCUAUCACCAGCCUAGAGGGUAAAUUAGCAGGAGCAGGAGGAGACGAUCUGCCCACCAUCGUCCUUGUUGCUCACUACGACUCUUUUGGAGUGGCUCCGUGGUUGUCGUACGGUGCUGACUCCAACGGCAGUGGUGUAGCAGUACUCCUGGAGCUGGCUCGACUCUUCUCUAAACUCUACUCUCACAAACGGACUCACGCCGGGUAUAACGUGCUUUUUUUCCUGUCUGGAGGAGGGAAGUUUAACUAUCAGGGCACUAAACGGUGGCUAGAGGAUAAUUUGGACCACACAGAGUCCAGUCUCCUGCAGGAUAACGUGGCAUUCGUCUUGUGUUUGGACACACUCGGGAACGGGGACAGUCUUUACCUGCAUGUGUCUAAACCUCCUAAAGAAGGCACACCUCAGCAUGCUCUGCUCCGAGAGCUACAAACGGUUGUAUCUCAGCAGUACCCGGAGCUGAAGUUCUCCAUGGUGCAUAAGAAGAUCAACCUGGCUGAUGACACCCUGGCGUGGGAGCACGAGCGCUUCGGGAUCCGCCGCCUUCCCGCCUUCACGCUCUCGCACCUGGAGAGCCACCGCAGCUCCAUGCGCAACUCCAUCAUGGACAUGCGGACUCGUGUAGAUCUGAAAAAGCUCAGUAGGAACACUAAACUGAUCGCAGAGGCUCUAGCGCGAGUCGUUUACAACCUGACUGAGAAGGGCACUAAUGCAGAUCUGGAGAUCUUCACAGACCAGAUGCAGGUGCAGGAGGAUCAGCUGCUCUCUCUGGUCGACUGGUUGAGCGCUCAGCCUCGAGCCGCCCAGUUGGUGGAUAAAGACAGCAGCGUGGUCAGCACCCUGGAGUAUUACCUCGGCCGCUACCUCAAAGACAUCAAGAGGCAUUUCGUCAAAGCUGACAAGAGGGAUCCUGAGUUUGUCUUCUAUGAUCAGCUGAAACAGACGAUGAAUGCAUACAGAGUAAAACCAGCCAUCUUUGACCUGCUGCUGGCACUGUGCAUUGCUGCAUAUCUCGGCAUCGUGUACUUGGCUGUCCAGCAUUUUGGCGUUUUGUACAGUGUUCUUCGCCGGGUCACGGCACCACGAGUCAAGCAGCAUUAACACCACUCCAGCUCUCUUCAUCCCUGCAAUAUGAGGGACUCCUGUAGUCCCACCAUGGAGCCAAGAGUGUGUUCAUUUUUUCCCUCUCUGACAUGUUUCUUCUCUUUCUUUUUUUUUUUUUGGGAAAUGGAAUAUCAUUUCCUUGUCAUGUUUGCUGUGUGUACGUUUGCCUGCUUGCCCUCCUUUGUCCAGGGACAGCAUUUUUACGGUCUUCCUUUCUGUCCAACACUGCCUCAUUCCCCUCUGCCUCAGUAUGAAGCUAGUGAGAUCUCUGCCAAGCAACAGUAAGUCGUCUUCUCAGGCAGCUAAAGUCAAAAAGGGCCAAAUUGCAGCUUAGUGUUAGCUAGAUAGAGAAAGUUGGUCAGUUUGGAAACUGUUCAUAUGUGACGCCUUAUUUUAGUCAAGAAUUUCUUUAACAUUAGUACAGCUCGAUAGACGUGUUCAUUCUCACACGUCCUGAUUUUGCAGAGUGACCAGCUCCGCCCUUAUUGACCAAGGGACACAUAGGUUAAUAUUUGAUCAGGGGGAAAAGCAAACUUGAUCAUGUGAGGACCUCCUUAGUUUUCAUUUUACUUCUUUGCCAUAAAUUGGUGCUAAUCCUGAACUCACACUGGCAGCAACCUGCCACACCUAAGUGAACAGAAGUCAUUUAAUUUUCAAUGCUGAUUUCCAUAUAAAUCAAAGUAACUGAUAAGGGUGAGAAAUGGGAAGGGACAGGUGACAUGGCAAAGCUGAGCAAAGUUUAAUUUUAUGCAAAUGAGAAGCGACUACCAAUAGGAGUAGGGGAGGGGUUCUGUUUCUUUUUCCGCCACAACUGUGAAACAUUUUCCAUGUUUUUGUUUCUACAUUUAUUUUCCAACUUGCAGCUCCUGAGACUUCCCUGCUGAAAAAAAAAACAAUAGAAACCAUCACAGAAAUUCUAAUGGUUUCCACUACAAAUAUCAUUACAAACCAUCAGCUUACCAUUAAAACCAUUGUUAUUGCUGGUCCGUAAUGGUAUCCACUAGACAAAAAAUGCCACCAAUAGAAGCCAACACAUUACAAGUAGAGACCCACAGGGACCAUUACAGUUUCCAUUAAAUAUAAAUAUACAAUUCCCAUUAUAACCAUUGCAAAUUCUAUGAGGGUUUCUGUUGAUUUUUUUCUCAGCAUGAUUGGUCUGCUGCUACAUGUAUAAAGUUUUCGGUACAUCAAACUUUUACACAUUUUACAAAAUUGUAAAAUGACACUUCUGAAUCGUAAAAAGUAAAAUGUCUUGGGUUUUUUUCUUUCAUUAGUAGAUUAGUACAUACAACACUAAUACAUUUAAGCAUUUUACCCCCCUUUUUUUUAUUCGGAAAAACAACUGAUUUGUGGUCAAAGGGGUGGUUUGAUACAUUUUAUUUUUAAAGACGAAAUGAGACGUCCCCUCUAGAGAGCGGUGUAGUGCAAAAAAUGACGGUUUAAAGUACACAAUAUAAAUAGCUUAACGACCUCAGUUAAGCUAGUAAGCUAUCGAAGGUAACAUUCAGUAAACAUGUCAUGAGAUUAAACUUUUGCUAAUGGCUGGUUGGAUUUAACCUAGGCUCUGCCCUUGUUAACUCAGGGAAACCUGUUACUCAGCAAAAUCAUCCAUCCAUCCUCUAGAGUACAAAUAUAAUGUUAAUUUAUUUGAUAUUAAAGAACCCGAGUAUUAAUUUCCUCAUUAAUGUUAACAACUUCAUCUUUAGGUUUCCAUCAAAUUUCAUACAUCUACCACUUUGGAUAGCCAUAACAGUCCGCUGAAUUAAACAAACACAAUAUACCUCGUCCAUCCUUUCCUUUGUUCUACACCGCGCCAGAGCCGGAGUCACUCGUUCACAUCCUUCAGCGAGAGCGAGACACUUAUUUUUUUCCCUGCUUCAGGUCUUUCUGCUGUUAUUUAUGGAAGCGGAUGAAGCUUCACCUUGCACUGAUUUUACACAGUUUCCUUUGUUUCGCUGAGAUCUAAGGUUUUGUCGGCUGUGCGUGAGCCUGUGUAAGAAAACUUUGACUCUUGCAGCAAACUUUAAAUAAAUAAGUAGAUAGGUUGAGGAAUAAAGUGUUUUGUUGAAAUACAUCUGUGAUGCUGAUUUUCAUUGAAACACAUUUAUUUAAGUUAUAAAAAAUAGUCUGUAUUCAUUCUUAGACUGAAAAAUUUCAAGUUUAUUUCCCAAAAUAUAUGGUCCAAGGAAAUGUCUUUACAUGUUCAAGAAAUUAAUCAAAGCCCUUUUUGUCCAUUCAGUUAUUUCACUAACCAACAAUAAAAACGAUGCAGUUU